AUGGAAUCGGGGUCUUUGAGUCUUGAUUGGAAGAAGCUGUUCGUGGGUUCGAAAUAUCAAUCUCUCGACUUCUUUUCCCCCGAGUUACGGGAUGGAGUGGCUACCGUUAAACCUCCGCCUGAGGUGAUUGAUGAAGGAAUAGAUGAUUGGAAUCAUGCUUUAGUGGGUCAAUUUAUCGGUUUGGCCCCAAGCUUUGGAUCUACAGAGCGAAUCAUUGAAAUGAUUUGGGGGAAAUCUUCGCAAGUUCUGGAAAAUGAACCUUGGCAUGUCCAGAAAAAGCCACUAAUAUUGAGGAAUUGGGUGCCUGGUAUGCAGAAGUUGAGCUUUGACCUCUCCUUUAUGCCGAUUUGGGUACAACUUUGUAAUGUCCCAUUAGAGCUUUAUUCUCAGAAGGGACUAAGUUACAUAGCUAGUGCUUUAGGUAACCCUUUGUAUAUGGACUCUAUAACGGCUUCCAAGGAGAGGCUUGAAUUUGCCAAGGUUUGUGUGGAGAUUGAAGCUGGAGGAGUUAUUCCAGAUUUUAUUCAUGUUGUUUUAAAAGAUGGGUCAUCUAGGUCCAAGUCUGGAGGAAAAAAGGAUAUUAAUACUAUAGAAUCUGGAAGUAAGGAAAUUAUGCCAGUAAAUGCUACUGUUUCUAUGGGGAUAACUGAGAUUACUAAUACUUCUAAAGAGGAGGCCAGUGAGUCUAAUGUGGAUGUUGCCAUGAAGAAUACUGUUAAUUCUUUACAGAAUCUUUCUGCUGAUAUGUCUACUACUGAGAUACAAGAAAAGACAGUUUCUAGUGAGCAUGGGAAGGCUCAUGUUGAUGAGGGUAAUGGUAUUAAUCCCUUACAGGAAGUUGUUCACUCUAGGGAUUUUUCUUCCCUUCGGGACUCUCUGAAGAAUAAGGCAAAGGGGAGGAAAAAAUAUGUUGUUGGUUCCUCAAGCAAGAUGGAAGUUGUGGCAGAUGGUCCUAGGAAAGCUCGAGUGGCUUCUAUGGGAGUGGCUAUAUUUCUUAAUGAUAUAAAGACUAAAAAGAAAGAUCAUAUUGAGAAAGCUAAGAGUAUGUGUUUCCGGAAUGUUAGGGGGAUCAACAAUCCUCUUAAACACCUGAAGGUGUUAAGGAGAUUAGAUUCUUGUAGUGUGGAUGUCUUCUACUUGAUGGAAUCUUGUAUUAUAAGGGAUAAUUCUGGUAGUUUCUCUUCUGCUCUGUCUGGUGAUUGGAACUUUGUUGAGAAUUAUGAUUUUGUUGAUGGGGGUCGACUAAUUGUUGAGAAUGAUAUUGGAUCCUCCUCCUGGGUGAUUGGUGUGGAUUUUAACAUCAUUGCUAAAGCUGAGAAGAACUCUGACUUUGAUGUCAUGAGAGUCCAUUGCACCUCUAACAUGAAGGAUUUUCAAGAAUGUUUGGAGGGCCUUGACCUUAUGGACCACCCAUUUCUUGGGCCUUUAUUCACUUGGUCCAACAAACAAGAAGGAUCUUAUUUAGCUCGUAAGUUGGACAGGGUUUUAGUUAAUGAUCAGCGGCUGCUGGAUUAUCCUGAAUCUUUUGUUGAAUUCAAAGCCCAGGGAGUUUCUGAUCAUUGCCUUGGAUUAUUAUGGACACAAAAGGGAGUUAUGACUAAGUAUCCUCUGCCUUUCAAGUUUUUCAAUUGUUGGACUGGCCAUGAAAAGUUCUUGGCCACUCGGCUGCUGGAUUAUCCUGAAUCUUUUGUUGAAUUCAAAGCCCAGGGAGUUUCUGAUCAUUGCCUUGGAUUAUUAUGGACACAAAAGGGAGUUAUGACUAAGUAUCCUCUGCCUUUUAAGUUUUUCAAUUGUUGGACUGGCCAUGAAAAGUUCUUGGCCACUGUUAGGGAUUUUUGGCAGGGUCAAUGUGGAGGAUCUGCCAUGAGCUAUCUAUUUAACAAGUUAAGAAAUCUUAAGCCUCUCCUGAAGGAGUUUAAUAAGGAGUAUUUCUCUGAUAUUUCUGGUAGAUUCAGUAACAAAAGUGCUGAAUUAGAGAAAAUCCAAAUCUUUAAUUUGGCUCAUACUGAUAAGAGGAGGAUUGAUGAUGAAAGGAGGAUUCAUGUUGAGUUAGUGGACUUGGAAGUUGCUGAAUCUGAAUUUUACAGACAAAAAGCCAAAGUACAUUGA